UUCAAUGACUUUGUACUUAGAUAAAUUCUUCAUGCAUGGUGAUAUAUAUUAAUUGCACUUACCCUCAAAUAAGUUAGCUCCUAUAAAUCAUCAAAACGAUAACCAAACAAAGAGUUUGUCUCUCCAUGCAAAAGAACAAAGAGGUUAUUAACAAAGAAGGGAAGGGGAUGGAAAUUGAAGGAAUUCCUCUUGCAAAAGAGGAAACCCUACCUCCCGGUUUUCGAUUUCAUCCGACCGAUGAAGAACUCAUCACUUACUAUCUUGUAAACAAGAUUUCAGAUUCUGAUUUUAGUUGCAAAGCAAUUGGUGAAGUAGAUCUCAACAAAUCUGAGCCAUGGGAGCUUCCAGGGAAGGCAAAGAUGGGUCAAAAAGAAUGGUAUUUCUUCAGUCUAAGAGAUCGCAAAUACCCAACAGGUGUGAGAACUAAUAGAGCAACAAACACUGGAUAUUGGAAAACCACAGGCAAAGACAAAGAGAUAUUUGACAAUGUUACAUCUGAAUUGGUUGGUAUGAAGAAGACUUUGGUUUUUUACAAAGGAAGAGCUCCUAGAGGAGAGAAAACCAAUUGGGUCAUGCAUGAAUAUCGUAUUCAUUCAAAAUCCACCUAUAGGACCAACAAGCAAGAUGAAUGGGUGGUUAGUAGGGUAUUCCGCAAGAGUGUUGGAGCAAAGAAGUAUCCUUCUUCAAACCCUACAAGAGCAACAUUAAACCCUUACAAUAUUAACCUAGAAGUUGGCCCUAGCAUUAACAUGCAACCACAACCAAUGAUGCAUCUAGGAGAUCAUUCAACUACUCAUUUUCUCUAUGGAAGAAACUACAUCAACACUCCUGACCUAGUUGAAGUCAAUAGGGUUCUAAGAUCAAGUGGUGUUGUACCAUUACCAAUGCAAUAUUCCAAUUUAUCAUCAUCACCCUUAGGAUUCACCAUUUCAGGGCUUAAUUUGAAUCUUGGAGGAGCAUCAACACAACCAUCAACUCAAGUGCAUGAUUUUAGCUCCAACAUGAUGACUACUACUACUACAACCCUUGGUGGAGAGAAUCAUAAUAAUAAUAAUAAUUUAGGGUAUGGUGGAGAAGUGAAUAUUAAUGCAAAUCCUAAUGGAAAUAAUAGGUACAUGGGUAUGGAACAUUGUGUGGAUCUUGAUAAUUACUGGCCAUCUUACUGAAUUUAAUUAUUUCGUUGAGGGUGUUUUUCGAUGUUUAGUUUAUUAUAAAGUUGUUAUAAUAUAUAGUAUGGAGAAACUAUGUUUUUUCAAGUGUUUUUAUGUAUUGUGAGGGUAAAGUAAAUACCCUCAAACAUUAAUGUCUUAUGCACCAAGAAACUCUUUUAAUGUUAUUUUGUAUACGUUCAUCUAGUACUAUUAAGAUAUUUGUUGUGUUA